AUGCAUAGUACACACCUACUUCUCAUAACCCGUACUCAAAUACCGUUUACGCCUACAGAAGACCCCGUAGAGUUGGCGAAAUUCCUGUUCAAUGGCGGGGAGUCUUGUGCCACAGAUGUGGCCGAUAUAAUUGGGGCCGACUCGGACUUUGCCAGAGCUGUGGGGAAGGCGUAUGUGGAUCUGUAUGAGAUAACUGGGCUGUCUCUGCUAGAGUCUCUGCGGGUGUUCCUGAAAAAGUUUCUUUUGAGUGGAGAGACGCAAGCCAAGGAUAGGGUGUUGCAGUUGUUUUCAGAUAACUAUCACAAGAAGAAUCCGG